UAUUAUACCACGCCCUCAAUUUGACUGCAGCCUCAUGAGUGGAUGUCAGGCUAUUUGCUGGAUUUGCAGCAUUAUUUACAGGGAGUAUGGAGCUGUGUCAGAUCGUCGUCACACAUUUCGGUAAUCGGUGUUUUUCUUGUCGCGAACGGAGAUAAUUACAACGAGCGACUGAUUAAGACGACAGACCGCAUACCAAUGGCUAUCUUUUCCCAAGCUGUGGUUUUCAAUAUUGCUAUGCAUUCAAUUUUCUGAGAAACAUAGCCAAGGCCCUAUCUAUUACCUCUUUUCCAACCGCAACAAUGUAUCAGGUUAUAAGAGGACUUCUACUAACGGACUCCCGAUGCUGGGAUCCCGACAGUCAAAGGUCAUACCAGGACCUGUUCGAUAAGCUGGACACCAACAAGGAUGGGAAGGUGGAUGUUGCCGAAUUGAGAGCAGGCCUAACCGCAAUGGGCAUAUCAUUCCGCAAAGGUGCAGCGCAGAAGAUUGUAUCGUCCGGUGACAAAAACAAAGAUGGAGGGCUUGACUUCAACGAGUUCAACAAAUAUCUGAAAGAGCAUGAGAAGAAACUGCGCCUUACGUUCAAGAGCUUGGACAAAAACAACGACGGGCGCAUCGAUGCCUCUGAGAUUAAGCAGUCCCUUGAAGAGCUGGGCAUGGACAUCACCCAGGAAGAGGCCCAGACCAUCCUACAAAGCAUGGACAUCGAUGGCACCAUGAUGGUGGACUGGAACGAGUGGAGGGAUCACUUCCUGUUCAACCCUGCCCAUAACCUGAACGAGAUCGUACGCUACUGGAAACACUCCACGGUGCUGGACAUAGGAGAGAGCAUUGCCAUCCCUGAUGAGUUCACUGAGGAGGAGAAGACCUCGGGAGGCUGGUGGAAACAGCUGGCUGCCGGGGCGAUGGCCGGGGCGGUCUCUCGCACCGGCACCGCCCCCCUGGACAGGGUGAAGGUCUUCAUGCAGGUCCACUCCUCCAAGUCCAACCGGAUCACCCUGUUGGGAGGAUUGAAACAGAUGAUUAAGGAAGGGGGCGUGGCCUCACUAUGGCGAGGGAACGGGAUCAACGUGUUAAAGAUCGCCCCUGAGACCGCUAUCAAAUUCAUGGCCUACGAACAGUAUAAGAAGCUGCUGACACCAGAGGGAGGGAAGGUCCAGACCCACCAGAGGUUCAUGGCUGGCUCUCUGGCAGGAGCCACGGCCCAGUCGUCCAUCUACCCCAUGGAGGUCAUGAAGACCAGACUGACUCUGGGGAAAACUGGCCAGUAUAAUGGAAUGUUUGACUGUGCCAAGAAGAUUCUGAGGAAAGAGGGCAUCAAAGCCUUCUAUAAAGGCUACACUCCCAACAUGAUAGGCAUCAUUCCCUAUGCUGGCAUCGACCUAGCUGUUUACGAGAGCCUGAAGAAUGCCUGGUUGUCCAGCUAUGCCAAAGACACGGCCAACCCUGGCAUCCUGGUGCUGUUAGGAUGUGGCACCAUCUCCAGCACGUGUGGCCAGCUGGCCAGCUACCCCCUCGCCCUGCUCCGCACACGCAUGCAGGCGCAAGCAACUCUGGAUGCGUCAGACAAGUCCACCAUGAGUGGGCUACUGAAGGGGAUCCUGGCUAACGAGGGGUUCUUUGGACUCUACCGGGGUAUCCUGCCCAACUUCAUGAAAGUCAUUCCUGCUGUGAGCAUCAGCUAUGUGGUCUACGAAUACAUGAAGACCGGCCUGGGGAUCUCCAAAUGAGGACUGAUCCAUCUCUGGAUGAUGCAGGGAUCGUGAGAUAGGCUGUUAGAUCGUUAGAUCUUUCAGACAGUCAACCAGGUUUGUGUUGCACAUAGACUUCUAUGUUCUCGCGUAGCCAAACAUCGAGAUCACGUUCGCUCUGGGAGUCUCGCAAGGAGAGGCUAAGGCUCGUUGGAACUGGGCCAUAUCAGUAAAACUCCCAAAAUGACGUUCACCCCUUUACCGCACAGAGAUAUGAGACAUAUCCAACACAUAAGAUGGUGCAAUAUAACUGAGAAGAACUGCAUUAUGGGUCUUACACUGUAUAGGGGGAAAGGAAACGGUAUUCAGGUGAACACUGUUGAGAGCUUUGUCUAAAGUAUUUUCUGUUCUUCUGUAAUAUGAAGUACCCCAUGUGCACGUAAGAGAUUACAUUAUUGUUUAAGUGUGCCUUACCCUCAGUUAAAUAUCAUAAUUGUAUGUUUUAUUUGGUUGGUUUUUAUUCAUGUUUUUACACUUUCAGUGUAAUUUACAACAGCCUCAAUGCUAUGUUUUUCAUGUGUUUUUUCCCCAUAUGUAUUUCCAUUGUUGUUCUUGACUGUUAAACUGUAUCCCUAGCAAAAUAUUUAUAGUUACAAACUUGCAUGCAAAUAUUGCCUGUCAAUCAUGAAUGGAGCCGAGGGAAAGUCUUGAAAACGGAAAUUCAAUCUGUUAAUACUGGAAUUCAGAAUAAUCCCACCCUUGUCACACACACACACACACACACACACACACACACACACACACACACACACACACACACACACACACACACACCUGCAGUUCAAUACACACACACACACGUGCAUACCAUGCACGCAGUUAACAUUUACAGUUAGACCAAUUGUUAUUAUGUUGCCUCAAUGUCUUAAUUAUGUUUGAGUAUGUAAUACUGUUAUACCUGAAUCGGUUGACAUUGUGAGCGAUGCAUGAAUGUUCUCACUGAGCUCACAAAGCUUAGACUGAAAGAAAAGCAUUGCAUGUGUUAUGGGUCAAUACAAGUGUUUACAGACAGUUGUCCAAGAAUCAAUGUUGACAAUGGAAAGGAUUGGAGUGCUCCCAUUGCAAAGGCUAAUCCUCUGCUGUGUGCAAUGCUGUGUGCAUGGCGCCAUCUAGAGGGUUUACAACAAACGCAGUGCAAGUUUGUGAAUGCUGUGUCCGCAAAUUAUGAAAUAGAAAUUUGUCAUUUCUAGAUGAUUCAAACUUCUUUUGACGUAAUCGAUCGAACGCCAUGAACCUGUUUGAAAUAAAACAAAACAGAAAA